GGCUGACAGGCGAUCUUGGUGUUUGUUGCCGGGAUGCACCACAAGUGGUUUAUGCGCUGGCAGGAUUCUAGUACACAGCCUCCAAUGCCAACUUGCGCUGCCAUCCAGUGACUCCGCCGCCGCGAGGCAGAUCCGGACAAAGACCUGUUUCAGGGAGCCAGGGGUCCGCGCUUAGCACAACGUCAUGGUUUAUACGAGGCCUUGACCCGUCUCAGCGUCUGCCCCGGAAUGCAGAUGCCCUCAAACCUCCUUCAUUCAUACAUCCUGCCCCGCCAAUCCGGCUGUUCGCUUUCUUUUGUUGUCUUUACUAUACCCACCAUGGCCUUCAUCGACGCGGCCAACUGCACAGCGGAUGGCGAUGCUGCCACUCCCAGCGACGCUGGCGUUGCUGGCACUGGUAUCCUACUAUCCUUCAUGAUCACGGCCCUCCUGGCCAUCAUUCUCUCGAGCAGCGUCAUUUUCGGCGAAUUUCGCGACAGGGAUUCCAUCAUUCGACGGAAGCUUCUCAACAGCUACAGCGACUCUCAGAUUAUGCAGGGAAUCGGAAUCCAAAGCGUCGGACUCGCAAAGAUGAACACCCUCGUGCCGUACCACUUCUUCCUCAUCUGGAUGCUGUCCCUCCUGUCCAUGGCCACUCACAACGCCACGCUACUGGCUCUCGUUCACGAUUAUCGCCGCGACUGGGUGAUCCGAUGGAUGCGCCAGUUCCUUAUGUUUGUCAACCUGGCGCUAUCAUGCGUCUCGGGAGUCUUCGUGCUUGAGGCCGUCUCCAAGGGCUUGGAUGACAAGACAUUACCCAUUGCUUGCGUGUGGCAGGUUAAGGGAAAUGGUGCGCCCUCGACGGCUGGGUUAUCCUUUGUCGGUACCAUUGCCGUCAUCGCCGGCAACGUUAUCAUUUUCGCCCUUGCCACUUGGUAUCUCCACAAUCGUAACCAGAAGUUCUACAAGCUCAUCCAGAUUACUGGCUUGGUGCUGAUGACGGCCAUUGCCAUCGGUGCCGCGAUCCGCAUCAUCUUGCUAUCUCAAGCCUUCGGAAACCCGUCCGUUGAACUCAGCGACCAGAAUGAGAAAUCGUGGGGCUUUGGGCAACUUCUAUCGAUACUGCUUCUCAUCAUGCCUCUGGUGUCGGUCAUCGAAAUCUACCGUGGCGAAAUCCAGGUCGCCUCACCAGUCAAGGACAAUCAAACUCGCGUGUACGACGGAGAGUUGCAGGAGGACCCGCAAGGGUCGCGAACGAAUCUCUUCAAAAAAUGAUCCAAGAUUCUCAAUUGUUGAAAAUGUCAGCACGAAGCGAAAAUGUUAGUGAUCGGAGUUUAUGGGGCAAGGGAACCAAGCAAGUCGAGUUGGGAUCUAUGUUAAUGAGCGUGCCACUUGGAGCAAUACCCGUUUUAUUGGAGCAUCAACGGAGUUUUAGAGUAGGAGAAUCAAUACAUCGAGGAGAGAGGAGACAGCCAUUUACAGCUGAGCUAUUAUAGCGUGCGCUCGCCAUGACGUAGCACACGCAAUGUACCACACUCCAAUCAGGUGCGACACUAACAGGAACCUCUAAGAUCACUCUCCGUCUCAGCUAUCUUGUUCACAGGUGCAGCAGGUCAUUCAUUCAUUUGUGGUUUGAUAAUCGAUCAACAUGUAUUUGGUAUUUAAUUAGGUGCAAUCCUGCUCGUUUAUUGGACAGUGCAUUUCGCAGGAAGAC